UUCGCGCAUGCGCCUUGAGCCUCCAAUGUUUAUUUUGAUUUUUGUUUUGCCGCGAAAAUGAUCUUGGUAGGUGGAAAUGACACCUCAUUUCAACGUCCCGCGCCAGUAUUUGUUCCAGAACACAGAACUCUAUCCACUAAGAAGUCUAGAGGUACACCAAAAUUUGCACCGCCCCCAAAAGCCCCAGUGAAGAGUUGUCCAGUCACAAGAAUAUUUCCGCGCAUCAGCGACUACGACCGACCCCAGCCAGUGUCUUUCAGGGAUGAUUCCGACACAUCUUUUAUAGUACAGAGUCCACUGUACAGUGCAGAAAAAACAGCACUUUACUUUGAACAGUGUUAUGCCAUUGAGGAGAAACUUGGCGUUGGUUCCUUCGGGGUGUACCGAGUCCGAAGUAAAGAAGAUGGGAGACAGUAUGCCUGCAAACGCACCCUGUUAAGAUUUCGAGGGGAAGGUGACAGGCGGAGGAGAAUGGAGGAAGUCCAGAAACACGAGAAACUCCCAAAGCACAAAAACUGCGUCGAGUUCUAUCGGGCUUGGGAAGAACGGCAACACCUGUACCUUUUGACAGAAGUUUGCCGCACAUCACUAGCAGACAUGGCUGAAGACAGACAUGAUCUUCCAGAGAGUGUUGUUUGGGAUUAUCUAGUCGAUUUGUUACAGGGUGUAAGCCACUUACACAAACAUCAUUUGGUGCAUAUGGACAUAAAAACCAGAAAACAUUUUAUUGGCUACGAGGGUUAUGCAAGCUGGGAUUUUUGGUCUGUCUUGAAACGUCUCAGGUUAUAUGACUCUCAUAAGGCCAAAAGGGGUUUCCCGUUGCGAAUGUUUUUUACGGGGUCAUUCUUUGCCUUUGUUGCGCUCCCAAACAACUGCGCAAGAGGGAGGUCUUGGGAACCACCCAAAAAAGUCCGAAUGAAUAAUUUUGCUCCCACUUCAAACCAUGGGAUUUUCGAGCGUGAGCCAAACCUUUUCCUCCAAAAAGGGUUUCGGCAAUUCCACACCUAUAUCCUCACUCUUAAAAGAACACCUGACUUUUUUGGGGUUCACCCCAGUAUAAGGAAAACAGCAAUUUGUACCAAUUUACGAAAGUACAACAUUAAGAACUCUGGGUUUUUGGAGCUGUUGGUUUUGGCCUUCUGUGGGGGUGUAUGCAGAAGAAAUUUUUGCUUUUGCGCCAGGGGCUACGCCCUUGGGACCCCUGGCGACAUUAAGAACUCCAGCUAUGUGACGUAA